AUGAGUCCUUCUCGUGGGGAGAAUCCUCAGGUUCCAGAGCCUUAUAGCAUGUUCUAUGAGUUCUAUUCCGGCUCGGAUGAUCCCUGGUUUCCUGCCAGUGUCAUCCAGCCGGCACAGUCGUUGAACCCAUCUCGCUCGUCCACAUAUGCCUAUAACACAGGAUCACGCUUCCAAGACUUUAGAAGCCCUCCUGUGCCCUCUGAUUGCGAUACCGCUCUAGACUCUGGCUACGGAGGCAGUCGCACUACAUACAGCGCUAUUGAGAGCGUCACAUCUGUCAAUGAAAAUGAUAGGUAUACGGAAGCUGUGCUCCUGGAUACCCAGACGGCGGAACAGCUUAUUGGUAUUGGGGACCUGAAUCUCACUUCUACGGUCCCGAUGUAUAAGACGCCUGUGAUGGCAUCUCGCCAAUCUGCCAAUGCUAAACUCCACCACUGUAACGUAUGUGGGGCCAAUGUCAAGACAAAAUCAGAGCUCAAAAAACAUAACCACAGGCAUAAUAAGCCGUAUAAGUGCGAUUACGAAAAAUGCCCCAAGGCUAUUCAGGGAUUCAGCACGACCAACGAUCUCAGUAGACAUAAGAGAACGGUUCACCGUGAGCAUGAUAACAAUGGGCCCAUCUUUAUCUGCACCCAUGAACCUUGUAUCCUUAAGAAGGAGAAACUCUGGCCAAGAGCUGAUAACUUCCGGAGCCAUUUGACUCGCGCUCAUAAUAUAACGCUUAAAGCAGAUGAUGAUUUGAGAAGCUAUCGUUACCACCCAGUACCAACAAAACCGCAUGAAUUCCGAGAUGGCAGAUUUAUAACCGCUGGCAUCCGUGUCGGACCCAUCCAUUCCGAAUCGCCAUCAGCACUAACCCCCCAUGCGCAUCUAUAUACGUGUCGCCAUAGUGGCUGUUCCCAGGGAAAAGAAUCUGGGUGGCCGACUGCCGAUGGCCUCCAAGCUCAUUUAGCUCGCAUUCAUGGUGUAGACGGCGACGAUAAUAGGCAUCACCGUGACCAGCCAGAUGAAACCGAGCUACAUGCCCUCCGAGGUGUGGGAUCCUCGGUUGCUGAUGUUGAUCCAGAGUCUCGACCGACACAGGUGCAAGAUUCGCCUGAUUUGCGGAGUAGCCAGCUCCCAACAGCUGCACUGGGCCAGUUACAAAACGAAUCUCUAAAGCAGAAUCAUUUGUUGUUAACCACACAGUGCCCACGAAGCGGGUGCGACUCGCAAUUGGCGCGAUCAAAUAUCCUAGACGACCUCAAACUGGCCACAGCUCUUGGUCCCCAGUCUCUUGCCAGUGAUGCCAUCGCUAGGAUUCCAGUACGUGGGGAGUCUUUGGAAGGUUCCGCGGCGGCGCUCCCUCAUGAUGAGCUGGCGCAAGAAAACAUUGACCAGGAAGAAGGCAACCCAGUCGAGGCUGCAGAUGAAGUGCUUGACCACCAUGACUCAUUAGCACUUGAGACCAUGCCGCUCGAUUUAUCUAGCCAGUCUAAAGACAGUGCUCCUCAAAGCGGCAUAUCUGGAUCCCAAGAAGCAGACAAUGAUAUGGAUAAGGUCUCCAGAACGUCUACAAAAGAACCUGCCAAUUCACCCAAUCCCGCGGAGCUUCUAAAAAGCAUUCUAUCAGAUAAAAAUGGCUCUUUGGAUGUUCUUUCGCUUCUCAAGGCCGUCCCUAAAGAUUUACUAGAAAAAGCUCUAAAACAUGAAGAACAGGCACAAAAUGAGAGUACUGCUCCCAAUGAUCAAACAGAGCGCCAAUCGAAAAUUCCAUUCAGGUGUGGAAAAUGCCACAAACCAUUCUCACGGGCGUGUGAACUUAGGAAGCAUAUGAAACGACAUCAAAAACCUUAUGGAUGUACUUAUAAAACGUGUCACAAGAUGUUCGGCAGUAAGAAUGACUGGAAAAGGCACGAGAGUAGCCAGCAUUUCCAGAUGGAAUCCUGGAACUGUGAUUACCCUCGCUGCGACAAGGUUUUGCCUCGUCGAGAGCUAUUCAAGACUCACCUUCAGCAUGAUCAUAAUGUGGAAGAUAGUCAGAUAAUUGAGAAUAAGCUAGAAAGCUGCAGGCUGGGUCGCCAUUGCGACCCACGCUUCUGGUGUGGGUUUUGCGAUGAAUUCAUUGAAAUUAAUGAGAAGGUUGUCAAUUCAUGGACAAAGAGAUGCGAUCACAUUGAUAAUCACCUAUUUGGAAAAGAGGGCCUGCCGAAGAAAACCAUGGCUGACUGGUGCUAUCUUGAAGAUAAACUGGCAGAGGGAGAUUCUGACUCUGGCAAGAAGCCGAAGGCUGUGGCAGCUUCGUCUGGAGCCGUGAAGAAGCGAAAGGCAGCGGACAAUUUGGAUAUGCGCUCUGCUAAGAGACUCAACGUUAUCUGGAUAUGCUGCGCCUGCAACCACCCUGAAAAUUACCAAAUAAGUAGUCAGUGCAUGGAAAUUCCCUGUGGGCACAAGCGUUGCGAUAACUGCAAAAUGGAACAGAUUCCGGAUUUUGGACACGAAACCGACCUAAUGAGUCAGGGAGGAGGAGAGUUAGACUAG